GCUUGGACACUUUUUACUGAAGGCAGGCCAUUGGAACUGGUUGCGGAAUCAAUGGCUCAAACGUGCAAUUUGUCUGAAGUGCUACGUCUGAUUCAAUUGGGGCUAUUAUGUGUGCAAGAAAAUCCUGAAGAUAGGCCAAGCAUUUCGUAUGUGGUUUUGAUGCUAGGGAAUGAAGAUGAAUUUGUUAGAAUCCGAGAAUUUUCUAGAUACUUUAAGUAUCCUUUGUAA